AAGUACAAACGCCUUAAUUACAAAUGUAGCUUUUGCAACUCAAUUAAUCAUUUUUUUUUGUUUGCUUGUAAGUAUAAAAAACAGGCAGCAAAUGACGUUGUCUCAAAAUCACCAGCUUCAGAAACAUCAACUACUCAGAAGUAUGACAUUACUGAUAAGGAUCAUGCCAAGGUGACCACCGAUUUGUUGAGGACUUUGAAGAAAGAAGCUAUGGUGAUGAAAAAGACGCGUGGAAACAUCAUAUUAUCGGUCCCGGAUAGCGUGUUUUACAACGAGCAAGAGGUAAGGCUUGAUUAUGAAGACAUGCUUGAUUGGUGCUUCCAAAGAGAGAUGGGAUCAGCUCACAUGUCGAUUCUCAUGAAGCACUUAAGUGAAUCAUGUCAGAAAGAUGGCAUAUCUGGGGUGUAUGGAUUUUGUGAUCCUAAUUAUCUAGCUCCAUGGACUCCAACUAUAGAAGAAGAACGAUCUGACUAUUUAUGUCGUGUUUUCGGGUGCAAUGGAGGCAAGAACAUUAAUCAACUAUUUUUUGCACCUUUCCAUGAAGAUCGACAUUGGAUGCUAGCUGUCAUAAGCCCUUGGAACGGAACAGUUUUUUGGUUUGAUCCUAGUGGAGCAGACUAUAUUCGUGAAUUUGCUGAACGGAUCAUUAAUGAAGGUAUUGUAAAAUUUAGCAUGGUUCAUCGAAAGGACGUCAAGAAAUUGAAAAAAAAUCCUGUAAGGUGGAACAAAAUACAGUGUCCUCGUCAAGCUCUAGGCUCUAAGGAUUGUGGCUAUUAUGUUUGUCGUUACAUGAUUGAAACUAUCGCAAGUAGACGGCAAUUAAUUCCUGAUAAGUAUUUCCAGGGAUUCCUAGCACUUAUUCCCAAGAGAUGA